CUCCACCCGCGUGGGUGGGAGGAGCUACCAGUCACCGACUCCAGCAGCUUUCUUCACCUCCCACCACAGCUCAGCGGGCUGCCUCGGGAGCAGAAUCGUACCGACGCCACCUCAUCCGUCUCCUCUCCCGAUCCCGAUGAAGUGAUACACCUGCAGCCACGUUUGGACGAUGAAACAUCAGAAACACCAGCUCGGCCUCACUUUUCAGCAACUUUUCCCCGAGUUUGGAGGAGCUGGGAGGAGACGCGGAGACUGAGGAGCUCUCGCUGAGCGGCAGAGGUCUGUAACGAAGCCUGUGUCCGUUGGUGUCGUUUGCGGCGGAGAUCGCCUGGCGCCCGUCAUGUCGCCUUGGAUGAUCCUUCCCGUCAGCCUGCCUGUCUUCAUCAUCACAGGAAUAUGGGUGGUAUACGCGAUGGCCCUCUACAACCAGCACGUCUGCCCUGUGAACAACUGGGUUUACAAUGAGUCCUGUGUGGAGCCGCUUCCAUUACAGAGGGGACCUGUACUGUGUUGCACCCUGGACAACAUACCACUCAUCAGUAAAUGUGGAACUCUGCCACCUGAAAGCUGCUUUUUCAGCCUCAUAUGCAGCACCGGAUCCUUUAUGGUGAUGCUGAUCGGCCUGCUGCGCUACGCUCACGUGAUCGAGAAGCACCAGAACUGCAUCCUCAACACCGCCGGCCUCUCCGCCGGGUGGCUCUGCGCCGCGGGGCUCAUCAUGGUGGGAAACUUCCAGGUGGAUUUUGCUAAAGUCCUUCACUACGUGGGAGCUGGGGUCGCCUUCCCCUCCAGCAUGCUGUUUGUGUGCCUUCAGUCGGCUCUGACCUACAGACUGGCCAAGACCCAGGAGGAAUACUGGAUAGGUCACAUACGAGUGGGGAUGGCCCUGCUGGCCCUCAUCGCCCUGGUGCUCAGUGGGGUUUUUUUCUGCCAGGAGAGCUAUGCCCUGCAGCACGCCUCUGCCAUCUUUGAGUGGAUCUACUGCUCGAUCAUCAUGUUCUUCUACGGGACUUUUGCCUUUGAGUUCGGGGGCAUGUCGGGGGACACCCUGAUGGUGCUCUCCAAAGGCGGGGCGAUGCAGAGCUUUUCCACCUCUGACCACAAGACAGAGGUCGGCGGAGCCGGCCACCACCAGCCAGAGAGCUUAUCGAUCCUGUGACUUAACUACGGUGUGUUUGAGAAAAACUGGAGGUGAAAGAGUAACAGAGUCUAGAGCCUGGAUGCUGCACCCUGCAUAUCACCACACUCACUACUACAAAGUGCCAAAGCUGCUCUCCUCAGCAGUGACCAAAGACUGACAGACUUCUGUCCUGCAAAGCGUUGCACAAAACCAACAAUGCCUGUGUGAACACAAACACCAACAAAGAAACACACACGAGCACACCCACAGUCCUUAAUGUUUGGUUUAAUUGUCUCAGAGUAACAAUCGGUCUCUGAAAGUGCCUCAGAUGUCGCUCCUCGCUGCGCGCCGUCAGUCCUGGAGCCUUGCAUUGUUUCUACUCAGGAAGUUUUGUUACACAAUCAGGUUUCUCUCCAUACCUCCGCCGCAAGAUGAGGCUUUCCACAAACAUCAGACAGCAGGUGGGCUUCAUGUGCGACAACUAGCCUCUCCUAUCAAAGUAGCUUAAAGAUGUAAAUGUUAUUCUAAGCUGAAUUUCAACACUUGGUGCAACUGUUUAAGGCAACAUUGCCCAUGUAUCUCUCUCAUAUUUCCCAGAUAAGCUCAGUUUUGUUUUGUCUUUUGUUGUUUCUCAUUUCAGCUCAUUGCCAAAAAAAAUGCUGUAUAAUUUCUCUUUAAUGGGACCAAACUAUGAAGGUGAAACAUUGAUAUGUUUAACAUCUUUAAUUUCAUCAUACGCGGAAAUACUUUAUUCAAAUUGUAUUUCUUAGAAUGUACACUGAAAGUAAAACAAUAAAACAGUUAAUAUGAAAUGAUGCAGUGUGUGCACACAUAACGGGUUGUGGUUAGCUUUAGAUAUACAGGAAUCCACUGACUCAGGUUUAUUGAGCUUUAAACUGUAAAGAUCCUCGAGGAAAGCUUCACUGCAAAUCAGUACAAAGUUGUUCUGAUUGAAUAAACAUUUCCAUCCUGAUGAAACUGAAAAGGCUCCCAUGCAGAAGACAUAUUGGUUUGAUGAGAUGAAUACCAGAAAUUGUGAAAUUUUGUAUCAACGCAUAUUAAAAGACCGAAAUGAUGACUGGCAUUUAGAAUUGUUCCGUCCCUCCUGCAGAGUUCUGAAGCAAAACCAACGCGCAUCGGAGCUCCUUUGGCGCCACACGGUGGCCAAAGUAACUUAGUGUUUUGUUUCUUUUCCCUAAUUUGUACCCAUCUGUAUCUAACAGAUAAACAAACGAACAAAAAAAUUCUACACUGAUAGUAAAAAAUAUAUAUUCUGGUAAGCAUGCAGGAAGAAAAAUCUUAACUUUAAACUUUAAUAAAUGCUAACAUAUGAAGCCUCUCUGGGACAUUUGGAUUUCAUCUUUGGUCGUCUGCAUCUCAUUAAAAACCUCACGUUAUCGUACUAAACUGCAUGAAGCCUGAGGAA